AUGCUGAUACAUAUCAGAAGUCCUCGAAAGAUCUCGGCUUUGGCUCGUCAUGUCUUUCCUUCUUCAAAUGCGUUUUUCUCCGUCUCUUCUCGACCUUCUCAGUUUCCCCCGGACGAGGCGUUGGCUCGCGAUGCCGCAUCUUUGCUAAAAAGCUCCAAUUGGGAGAAGAACAAUGCUCUGAAAUCCCUCGUCUCCCACAUGAGUCCACUCGUCGCUUCGCAGGUUAUGUCGCUUCAACGCAGCGACGCCGACAUUUGCGUUCGCUUUUUCAUGUGGGUCUGCAAGCAUUCCUCGUAUUGUUUCGACCCAGGUCAGAAAACCCAGUUCCUCAAACUCAUCGUCUCUUCCGGAUUAUACCGAGUCGCGCAUGAUGUUAUCGUUGCGUUGAUCAGAGAAUUUAACAGAUGCGAGGAAGAGAUGUUGAAACUAAUUGGUUGUUUUGAUGAGAUGAGAGAUGAUACUGGAUUCCGAUUGAAUUACCCUUGUUACAGCUCUCUUCUGAUGUCCUUGGCGAAACUUAAUCUAGGGCGUUUGGCUUAUAUGACUUACAGAAAAAUGGAAGCUGACGGAUUUGCUGUUGGGUUGAUUGAUUACAGAAGCAUUGUCAAUGCUCUGUGCAAGAAUGGAUUCACGGAAGCAGCUGAGAUGUUCAUGAGUAAGAUUCUCAAGACUGGGUUUGUGUUAGAUUCCCAUAUAUGCACUUCUCUGUUGCUGGGAUUUUGCCGUGAGUUGAAUCUGAGAGACGCACUCAAGGUGUUUGGUGUAAUGUCCAGAGAGGAAAGUUCUGCACCAAAUUCUGUUAGUUACUCCAUUUUGAUUCACGGGCUGUGCCAAGUAGGGAGACUUGAAGAAGCUUUUGGGUUAAAAGCUCAAAUGAGUGAGAAAAGUUGCCAACCAAGCACACGGACAUAUACUGUGCUUAUUAAAGCCUUGUGCGAUAGAGGUUUGAUUGAUAAAGCUUUUAACUUGCUUGAUGAGAUGGUUGCUAGAGGGUGCAAGCCAAACGUCCACACUUACACCGUUUUGAUCGAUGGGUUGUGUAGAGACGGAAAGAUUGAGGAGGCUAAUGGGAUUUGUCGAAAGAUGGUUAAAGAAGGGAUAUUUCCAAGUGUCAUAACUUACAAUGCGUUGAUAAAUGGCUACUGCAAAGAUGGGAGGGUUGUUCCCGCUUUUGAAAUUCUGACUGUGAUGGAGAAGAGGGCUUGUAAGCCAAAUGUAAGAACUUUCAACGAGCUUAUAGAAGGGUUGUGUAGAGUUGGGAAACCGUACAUGGCCAUUCACCUUUUGAAGAGAAUGGUUGACAAUGGCUUGUCACCUGAUAUUGUGAGCUACAACGUUUUGGUCGAUGGGCUUUGUAGAGAAGGCCAUAUGAAUUUGGCUUACAGGCUACUUAGCUCGAUGAACUCGUUUGGCCUUGAGCCUGACUGUCUUACAUUCACUGCUAUAAUCGAUGCUCUCUGCAAACAAGGGAAGGCUGAUGUAGCUAGCUCGUUCUUAGGUUUGAUGCUGAGAAAAGGUAUAAACGUGGAUGAAGUUACCGGUACAACUCUUAUUGAUGGCUGGUGUAAAGUCGGUAAAACCAAGGAUGCAAUGUUUAUCCUCGAGACAUUGGUUAAGAUGAGAAUACUGACAACUCCUCACUCCCUGAACGUGCUUCUUGAUGUGCUAAGUAAAGGUUGUAAAGUGAAAGAGGAACUAGCGAUGCUUGCGAAAAUCAACAAGCUUGGUUUAGUUCCUUCUGUGGUGACUUACACGACUUUGGUUGAGGGGUUGAUUCGAUCAGGUGAUGUUGACGGUUCAUUGAGGAUGCUAGAAUUGAUGAAGCUAAGUGGUUGUUUGCCGAAUGUCUAUCCAUACACAAUCAUCAUCAACGGUCUUUAUCAGUUUGGAAGAGUCAAGGAAGCAGAGAAGCUUCUUUCUGCUAUGCAAGAUUCAGGAGUUUCACCAAACCAUGUUACUUACACUGUUAUGGUGAAAGGAUAUGUCGAGAAUGGAAGACUAGACUGUGCUCUUGAAACUGUUAGAGCAAUGGUUGAAAGAGGAUGUGAACUAAACGAGCGUAUCUAUUCUUCUCUGCUACGAGGAUUUGUCUUAUCUCAGAAGGGCGUUGAUAACUCAAAUGAGAGUACUGUUUCAGGUGUUGCUCUUAGAGAAACCGAUCCUGAAUGUAUUAGCAAACUCAUAUCUAUGGUUGAGCAUUUCGGUGGGUCUACGAGCAGAUUAUGUGAUUUCUUGGUCACACUGUUAUGCAAAGAAGGAAGAACGGACGAGUCCAACGAACUGAUCCAAACUAUGCUCACGAAGGGUGUUUUUCUUGAGAGGGCCUUAGACACCAUCGUUGAGUCUUACUGCAGCAGGAGGAAACACGCCAAGUGUCUUGCGCUGAUCACAUUUGUUAUCGGGACCGGGUUUGUACCGAGUUUCAAAUCCUUCUGCCUAGUGAUUGAAGGCUUCAAGAGGGAAGGAAAUACCGAGCAGGCACGUGAGCUCGUAAUGGAGCUUCUGAGCUCAAAUGCAGUGUUGGAGAAAACUCAAGUGUUGCCUUAUGUUGAGUGUCUGAUGGAAGGAGAUGAUUGCAGUGAAGUUAUAGAUUUGAUUUCGAUUUUCUUACUCCAUCUUGUUCCUCCAAUUGGUUUGCACUUGGCAAUUGCUCUUGGAGCUGUGUAUCCGUUGAUUCGCGAGCUAGUAGCUUCCAGAAUCCGGAUUUCUCCACAUUCAGUCGGAAUCAGACCAACUUGUUGGCGGCUUCAAAUAAAGGUUAGGGAAAUUGAGUUUCUUCAGUUUCAAUCGGAAAGAGGCCAACUCUGUUGGCGGCUGCCAAUAAGGUUGCCGGCAAAUUUUGCUGUUCCGAGGUGUAAAUUGCUAAAUUUGGAGUGUAUAUAG